AUGUCACCAAUAACACGUAGCAAGACAAGUCCAGUUCGGUUUCUCUUUUCCGAGUUUCCUACAUUCCUUGACCUUGAAUUAGCUUAUUGUAAAGCACUUCCUCGACUUCAACAAGAUGCAGAGCAAAUUCUAGAAAAAAGGUUGGAGGAAAAUGAAGUCAAAGUUCAUUUUUAUAAUCCUAGCGCGUCGCCAGAAUAUUGGUUUGUUAAUAAUAGAGAAGCAUUGGAAGAAGUUGUUUAUUAUAAAAUGAAAUUUAGGUUGUUUCUGAGAUAUAAAAAGCAAUUUAUGGAUAAAGGAAUUGAUGUUUCAGAAUGCGUAGAAUUAAAAUUACCACAAAAGAGAGUACUUCCUCAUAAGGAAUUAUUUUCCUGCGGUACUCUUCCAGUAAUGAAUAUUUAUAAUUUUGGUCGACAUUCAACAAAAGAAGGGUAUGAAAAGGAAUACAGUUUCUUUCAUGAAGAAGAAGCAGCAUCAUCUUCAACCGUCUUUUAUCAAUCACCACCAACACCACGUAAUUUUAGUUUUCUCUCUCACUCGUUCAAAUUCGAAUCCAGUCAAACACUUCUUGGAGACUACACUGAUACCGAAAUUGAUGAUACAGCACCACCUAAUUUAGAUCAUCAUCAUAAUGGACGUGCGCAAUUUUUUAGCAACAUUUUACAUGUAAUUAAUUGUCAUCAAUUUUCUAUCAAUUGGCUGUUUAACGAUAAAAUUUAUUUUGUAUUGAUGGUCUUAAUUUCAUUUUCGGUAUAUGGGUAUAUGUUACAAGUACAACAACAAAAAAUUUUGAUAAAAGGAAGGUUAGAUGGCACGGUUAGGGUACAAGUGCAAGAAUUCAUUGAACAAGAGAUGUUAAGAGUUUCUUCAACAUCACCAGCUAAAGUUCGAAAAGGAUUAAGUAAUGAUGAGCAUGUAGAGAAAGAGAAUGAUGUAGGACUACUUGGAUAUGUUAGAACGCAAUUACAUGAAGUCCUCCAAGAACAAUUAGAGAAAAUGAUGGAAGGUACAAGCGCGGAUUAUGCUUUGUAUACAGGUGGAGCAAGAAUUUUACCUCAAUUAACAUCACGAACUUAUGAGAUAUGGCCAAGUAAACCUUAUCAACGCGUUUGGGGUAGAUUAACACAUCGGAACGUUAUUACCAGCAAAAAACCAGAAAUCGUAUUAUCACCCAAUGUGAACGUUGGAGAAUGUUGGUGUUUUAAUGGUACAAACGGACAAAUUGGUAUAAAAUUGUCAAGAAGUAUUGUGGUGACACAUCUUACUUAUAGUCAUAUUGGAAAAGAAGUAUCAAUUGACCCUAUUUCAUCAGCUCCUUAUGAAUUUGAGUUGUGGGGUUUAAGUGAGAACAAAAGAGAUUUUAAGGUGUUUUUGGGCAAGUAUCAAUAUGAUUUAGAUGGUCGUCCCACACAAGCAUUCAAUGUACCUGAUGAGAUUGCGAAAAAUAAUAAUAAGAGAGUGGAUUCUGUUGUUAUGAAAAUUCUAAGUAAUCACGAAAAUUCUCAAUUUACUUGUUUGUAUCGGCUUCAAGUUCAUGAAGUACUGGUAUUUGGGGAAAUUCGACAUGCAAAAAGGUCUUUCGAAGAAAUGAAAGAGAGAUAUGAAUUCAAGGAGUUUAAUUCUACGAAAAAUGAUUUUUUGUUGGAAGCGACUACGAAAUAUGAAAACGUAGUUGCAAUAUUAUUAGCCCAUGGAGCUGAUCAGAUUAUAGAUAAAUUUGAUACUGAAGUGUUGGAUACACUUUCACCAGACGUUAAUGUGAUAUUGGUGAUUGGAAAAGCAUCAGAAUUAGUUGAUGUUAAAGCCGCUACAGAGAAUGGAGUUUUUGUUGCCGAUACAGUCUCCGAGUUACAAUUAACCGAAGAGGAAAUAGAACAAGCAGCACUUGAUAAUCUGGAAUUCGCAUUAAUAACAGGAGUACCCAAAGAUACGGUUAACGAGAUUGAAGAAGUAUCGGAAGCAGCAGCCGGUAAAGCUGCGGAUUUGGUAGAAAAAAAUGGUGAAAUGAAUGAUUUAGAUAUUUCCGAUAUUCAAAUAAACAUUUAA